UCGUAAUUUCGCUUUAGUUGGGCUGUACGACUCGCGGUCGCUAUGGCUGCUAACGCGGCAUAUAAUGUCGUCCGCGCUCGCAUAAUUUUCGGACUCGCACACCAUCGUCGGGACGUCACCGCUGGCGGGAUCACGAGAAUAUGCCAGACAUUUGACAUUGUGCAGCGAUGCCGUCGUCACCAUUGUAAACGAUGGUCUAGCUCAAUGUCUACAGUGUAUUCGGUUGAUGAUAAUGGAGGAAAACAAAUAUUAAAACCUUCAUAUGAAAAGUCAGAAAUCCACGUUGAGCUCAGACGAGGAUUGCCUACGGUCACAGUUCCUCUGCCGUCCAGGCGCGAACUUUGUCAGUUCACCUUGCGGCCAGUAACAAACACGGUCGGUGACUUGACUAGCAUGUUGAAGACCGAGGACCCGGGUAUCGACCGCGUAGUUGUAUCCAGCUCCGAAGGUGUACGUAUCGCGUCUUCCAAUACAAUCGAAUCGCUCAUGGAAGAAGACUUCCGGUUAACUAUUAACGACCGAUUGUUCAUGGUUAAAGUGCCACCGCAGAAGAAGCUUACAAAAGAAGACAUGGAACGACUUUCUGGUGUUAGAACUCUAGUCAGUCAAUUGUACGAGUCAUUAAACGUCGAAGAACAUCAACUAAAGAAAGAAAGAGAGUUAUUGGCUAAAAUGGAAGAACUAAAAGUCAAAUUGGAACCCCUUGAAAAGAAAAGGCAAUCCAUCGACUUGGUAGCCAGCAGACAAACAUCGGUGCUUACAUGGGUCGGUCUGGGACUUAUGUCAGUGCAGUUUGGCAUAUUGGCUCGACUCACUUGGUGGGAAUAUUCAUGGGACAUAAUGGAGCCGGUCACAUAUUUCGUCACUUACGGCACCGCCAUGGCCGUUUAUGCUUACUAUGUACUUACAAAACAGGAGUACCUGAUGCCUGAUGUUCGUGACCGCCAAUAUCUGAUCACCAUGCAUAAGAAAGCCAGAAAGUCAGGUCUGGACCUACACACCUACAACUUGCUCAAGGACAAAAUGGCAAGCGUACAGACCGAUUUGGCUCGGCUUAAAGACCCGCUUGUCCCGCCGCACAGGUCUCAAAUCCUGUUCGACCCGCUGGCCAACUGUAAUGCCACGGAAAUGGAACCCACGGGACUCUGGCCUAGACUCCGAACUCGAAUCAAGUCAUUGCUGGAUGAGACCAAAGGCAGAAGCUGUAAACGAACCACUGAUAACAGCAUUUGAAAACAUACGCAGUAUUAUGCAUGAUAAAUAAUAAUUUUAUUAUUAUAUUCUUCUUUUUAUGAUCAUUUUUUUUCUUUUUUUUCUUUUAGACUUAUUUAUUUAUGUCGUAUAAUAAUUGGUGCUAAACAUAUAUAAUGCCGAUUUUCUUCUCGUUGUCGUUUUUUUGUCUUUCGUAAAUAUCUCUUAGGUGACUUAAUAUCGACACAGGGUUAGAGAAUUAAAAUUCACGCACACAAAAAAUAUCAAUAUACUUUAUAGGAUAAUAGAAGGUAUCUAAUUUUAUGUCAACUCCAUACAACAUAACAUCUACAGUAUAUCUGGACGCUUUUUUUUGAGACUUUAAUACGUAAGAAUGAUAAAAAAUAUUUCUAAACGCACUUUAUCUAUUUCAUAGGUAUUAGAUAUUUUUUUUUUUAAUAAUAAUCAUCUAUUAUAUAUAUUUAUUACACAUAUUAUACUAUAAUUGUUAUUAUUGUUGUUAAAGGACGAAAGCGAAAAUCUCAUAUUAUCACUGUCGCUCUCGUGAAAAUCGUCUCUCCAUCACGCGCACAUACACGCUCAUACACACACACACACACACACACACACACACACACACACACA